AUGGCCUUCUAUAGUAUACUGUGGUAUUGUUCAUUCAAGUUCCCAUCCGUUGCAAAGAACGGCCUUCCACCACCCACACCAGCUCUUCUCCUGCAGUCCUACACAGGGCUGCUCCCCUUCCCGACCUACUUCAGCGAGCUGUACAAGUGUCUCUGUCAACUGAAGCAGAAGGACACUGAAGCCAACCACAUCCAGUUCAGUAACAAGCUGCAAUCGGAGAAGGCCAGCUUGUUGAAGCACAAGGAGCGAGAGAAGGUGCCAGUGUUGGAGCAGUUCCUCCUCAAGUACCAGGGUAAGCUGGGUAAGGAAGGGCUGGAGCUCCUGCUGCCAUACAUAGAAGAACUGUUCCAACAGGAAACCACCACAGUCCAAGCAGCGUGGUCCUUCUUCGGGGUAAUAAGUAAGGAACUCGGACCACUGGAAACAGCCAAGAGGUUUCUGCCAUAUCUUACCAGUUUGUAUACGGGAGAGAACUCUACAGCCAAACAUGUGAAGCUGUAUCAUCGAAACUUCUUAAUGCAGCUGAUGGUGAGGUUAGGUUUGAAGACCUUUCUGUCCAAUUUCUCUACCUUGUUGGUGGAGGCUGUUGCAGGGUACAAAGACUUUCCUCUACCAAGUAAAUAUUAUCAGGAGGAGCUGAUUGAAGAGAUGCAGAGGGAAGCUGAGCUGUCAGAAAGAACAGCGGUGUGGUCUGAAGGGACCAAUCAGAAGUCAGAUAAUGUGACAACAACCAAUGGGCUUUCAGGAGAGGUUUACCCAGAUGAUGAGAGCAGUCAAUCAUGGGAUGUUGGAAGGGAUGAAAAUACUCAGGGAGAUGUUGAUGACAUUGAAGAGGAAUUCCCAGAUAAUAUUUUGUUGAAUGAAGAUGACUGUGGCACAGAGGAGUCAAAGAAAAAGUUGUCCACAGACUCCACCAGCAUAGGCCAGGUGUCAAACCUGAGUGAUGAGAGUGGUGAUGGGGAGAGCAAUGGGUUGGGGACAGACACCUGUUAUAGGACAUCGGUGAACAGUAUAUAUAAUAUUAUUGAUAGAGCAAGGGAGGGGAGGGAAAAGACUUCUUCAACCACUGAAAGUGAUGCAUGGUCAGUGGGAGAGAAUGUGGAAGACAAUGCUCCAGUAUUCGAAAGCUUCAGUCCAAUUCUGGACACCGAUGAUGUGCCAAAUGGUUCCAAGUUUGAUUCAGGGAAUGGUGAGGAUUCUAUAGACUCUGCCUAUGACAGGAGGCAAGAUGAUGAUGCGAGCGAUCAGACUGAUCUCACAAUAGAUGUCUCUGAUCAGAUGGUGAGGAGUGAGACUGAAGAUAUUUUGGCAAACCUGUCUGUCUCGAGUCCGGCAGAGAUUGUGAACAUCCGUGACAUAUCAGCAGAGAGUGUCAAGUGGCUGUGUCACAAGCUAGGGCCUGUCCUCACAGCCAAGUUUCUGUCCCGGAACCUAGUCCGGAUGUUGGCCCUCUGUUAUCUGGGUCUGGAGCAGCUGGAUGAGUAUACAGAUCCAGGUCACAAGGACUUGCAGUCAUCUCGUCUGGUGACAGGUGACUCCCAUGCUCUCAAGGUUCUGGAUUGUCUUGCAUAUGUAGCCCUGGUGUAUGGGGAACAUGUCAUGCUGGUACAGUACCUCCCUACCAUCGUGGACAUGGUGGCUGUAGCACAGAGGCGGCUCACCCAGCGGUCAGAGUCAGGAUUGUUUGGUGGGGUGGUCCUACUGAGAUACAUCAUCCCCUACCUCUCAGACAAGUCUGUCAUGGACAAUCUAGAUGACACUAUAGUGAUGGACUCCCUGCUCCCUGUGAUCAAGCUGGUAACAUCACCCACCAUUACAUUUCCUGGGGGUGUCCGCGCCAGGUCCAUCCUCUGUCACAAAGUCAUUGACGUCAUGUACGUCAUUGGGCUUCGUCUCGGCCUGGAAAUGACGCGCAGGCAUCUUUCAUCUUCCAUGCUCAAGUUGUUUGAAGCUUUCGCAGUCAUCCACGGGAACUCAUCCUCGCCGACCAAUGGUCAGAUAUACAAGAGUGGCUCCCUCUCUCCCCCUGGGAUAUCCCUGGGUGGCAGUGAGACAUCGGAGGAUUCCUACCUGAACAUCAAGAUGGACCCCUCAUCCCAGGAGUACAGGAUCGGCACACCCAUUAGCGCCAGUGGCUUCAGUGGCUACAUGUCCAAACACAACAAGAAGGUGCCAUCCAACAAGUUCCACAGUCUCACAUCAUUGGGGGCCAUUGAUGACAAAGAUGAUGUUGUGGACUACAAGCCGUCGACCAAGGAGGGGGGGCUGCAAGAGCUGGCAGCUGUCUUCACCCCCGAAUUGGCACUGGCCGCUUACAUACCACUGUGCAGGAUUUUUGGCAGUAUUCACAUGGAGGAACACUUGCCCAACGAUGACCUUAUCCGACAGUUAUGCUCCCAGCAGGACACAGUGAUGGAUCAGAUGACGGAGAUGCAGGAGAACACGGCCGACACCAAGUCAGAGUCGGAGGGUGUUGCGUGUGACGACACGUCAGUGACUGGUGCUAUAGGCAGCAAUGUGCAGAUGAUUGGUAACCGAAUACAACUCAGUCAUGAGGUCAGGGAGACCAGUCCAGAGCUCAACCAGUUUGGUCGUGGAUAUCGAGCAUCCGGCAUCCUCCGCAUACAUCCAGAUGAACUGAGAUGUGAGGAGAUGGAUCACAGCCGACAGAGGCACCUGAGAGGCAACUGGCUGGCCUACUGGGAACAUGAACUAGGGUUGCAUGAGCGAGACACAAUCUUCAACUUUAAACAGAUCAAGCUGCAGACAUUCCAAGGCCACACCAACAGCAUACGGUCUCUGUUCGUGAUGGACAAUGAGAACUGCUUCAUCAGCGCCAGCAAGGACAAGACUGUGAAACUGUGGUCACUCACUAGCUCCGGAGAUGGAUCAGGGAAAAUGUCCUCUCAGUGGAGCUACAAUCAACAUAAGAAGUCUGUGUUUUCUGUGGCCUACUUGGACAGUGUCAGACAAGUAGCCUCCUGUGAUAGUUCUGUACAUAUAUGGGAUCCCUUCAUUGGUGGGAACAUAGUUCAGCUAGAGUCCUCCAAAUACGCCCCAGUUGUGGCCCUCACGGCCCUUCCAGCUCCCAGCACCCUUGUCGUCACGGCAACCACAGAGGCCACACUCAGGUUCCUUGAUCUCAGAGUAUCCAAAUAUGCACAUGAGUUUAAGUGCUCAGUCGGAUCAACUGGUAACUGUUUGACUGUCAGUAAGGAUGGCAGUUGGGUAGCUGUUGGCUUCUCUACCGGAGUUAUCUCCCUUCUGGAUGUCAGUAGUGGCAUCCUCAUGGGGUCCUGGAAGGCUCAUGAUGGGGAAAUAUUACAGAUCAAAGCCUACAGCAAAAACAUGUUAGUGUCUUCAUCGUUUGACCAGACCAUGAAGGUGUGGAAUAUCGAAGAUGGGCGAGAACUGUGUGCUCUUAAAGGUCUGUCAGAGCCGGUACACUGUGUGUGUUUCUACAAGAACCAGGUUCUCAGUGCCACCACCGCCAACAGGAUAGGAGUUCAUACGUCUGUGGAUGACAGUGCAUCCUUCACAAGCACCAAGUUACGUUCUGACACAUUCAAAGGUGUACUUACAUCCAUGGCAACUCUACCUCUCAACCGAUCCCUGCUGCUGGGAGCAGACAACGGCUCCAUACGACUCCUAUGCUAACACAGACAUCCACCUUCAUAGUCCUAUCAUGACGAAGAGCAACAGACUAUUUUACAGUAGAUUGAUACAGUCAAUGUUUCAGAUUUGAAAAUGUAGGAGUAUGACAGAUAUUAAAUAUUGUUUCAACUUCAACCUGACAUAAAAAUAUUGGACACUUUGUCUGAAGUAUCUAUAACAGGGAAUCUGUUAUAUCUGUGAUCUAAAGGAUGAUGUUGCGUUUGUAGUAUGUGGUAGAUUAUCAACAAACAGUUUAGCAGAUUUUCAUCUUUUGAAACGAUUCUAGUUUUCCCUCUUACCAUAGAGAUAGU